CUUGUCCACAGUGUGAUUGUCUAUUACCAUAUCGCCCUACCAAAAUGGCCACAUAUCGUGAAGCUUGGGGUCUCUUCCAAAAUGAAGCCAUGUUACCUUCCAGUGGUAUCACUAGUUUAUCCAGGGGAACGGGAGUGGGGAUAGGGAUGACCAGCCCAGAUCAGAGCGCAGCAUCGAGUACAAUAUCCAAAACACAACUCGUCUCGGAACUUCGGCGUCUUCAACAAGUCUUGCAAGAGCUACAGUCUCCCAGUGAUCCCAACCAAGAUUCCCAACCCAUCGACCCCACCACUCAACCAGACAAUUCUGCCUCCCUCCGAGAACCAGGGUCCGACAAGUCCGAGCCAUGCCGCUGUUGGAAACCCUGUUGCAAUGGCCGAUUAUUUUCUAAUCGAAGUAACUUGAUCCGACAUCAGCGGGAGCGAAGGGGGGAAUCAGCUAAGCUGCGAUGUUCCUUUUGUGACGCGGUUUUCUUGCGCAGCUCGGCCCGGAAUGCGCAUGAAGCUGCUAGGCGAUGUCGUCGGUGAGAGGGUGAGCGGGGAAAAGAACACUAUGGCUCACCUUGGGCUUUAUCAGUAUCCGAUUCGAGAAAGGAUUGGCCUAGAGCAUCGGCUAGCAUUGGUAGCCACAUGAGUUGUCACCAAUAUGUCAGUAGAUGAUUGAUUCUUG